AUGCAAACCGUCGCGGACGCCGGCAUCGUCGUCGGCGGCGUCCUCCCAUAUGUACCCCAUGACACGUCGGGCUUCUCGUCGUGGAUCUGCUUGAUUCUAUUGGCUGCCAACAUGACGCGCGUCUGCUUUUACAUCCGGUCGCCGUUUGGCGAGACGCUCCUCGCGCAGAGCCUCGUCAUGAUAGCGGCGCAGCUCGUCAUGCUCGAGCUCGUCGUCCGCAAAGGCCGGCGCCCCACAACGUGA